AUGGUGACCCUCGACCGCCAGGAGAUGAUCGCGACCAACAAGUCGUUGCGUCUCAUUAAAAAUGAACUCGAGCACCUCCUUGAGAAGGGCGUUGUGACCGACGAGCAGUUCGACAAUGUCAUGAGCAUCCUCCCCACCGAGCAGCCCAUCCGCGCCGGCGCCUCAACAGUGGGCUCCUCGAUGCGCACGCCCUCCACCAUGGCCAGCCCAGCGCCGAGCUCCAACCCAACCUCGCCGCCCACCAGCUCAAUGGCCAACAUGGCCCUCGCACACAAUCCCACGCCCAGCCCGGCCCCUCCAGCCUACAACACCACGGGCCCUCCGUCCCUCCCAGUGCGCAACAACCCACCGCCUCCCCCUCCCCCUUCCAAGCCCGUCAUCGCGCACGCCAAGGCGCUGUAUAAGUACGCAGCCGCCGACGACCGCGACCUGAGCUUCGAGCGCGACGACCGCAUCGUCGUGCACGAGUACAUGAACAACGACUGGUGGAUGGGCAAGAAUACGCGCACGGGCGCCGAGGGCAUCUUCCCCAAGAACUACGUCGAAGUCGACUACAGCGCCGGCGGUGCCAACGGCUACACGGACGAGAAGGCGGGUGGCUUCUACGCCCCCCCGCCCCAGCCCUCAUACGUGAACAAUGGCCCGCCCGCUCCCCAGAACCCGUACAACGCCAACGUGCCGCCCAUGGCGAUUGCGGCGGACGGCAGCGGCAGCGGUAGCCAGCAGGGCGGAGGCAAGGGGUCUGAGAUGGGCAAGAAGUUUGGCAAGAAGCUGGGGAAUGCUGCCAUUUUUGGUGCUGGUGCUACUAUCGGUGGCAACAUUGUCAACAGCAUCUUUUAG